UGUUGCUGCGUUUUAUGAAGAGGCGAUGUAUCACACUAGGAAAGAACUGGCGAAAUACGGGAUGUUCGACGCCAGGACUAGUAUGGUAAUGAGGAGAGAGAACUGUCACGAUGGGUAUUGUUGUGGCUUAGUACGCCUUUAUGCUUGUAUGGGCCUUCAUCGUUACAAUUUGCUUCAGGGGACAAACUUUGAGCUCGAUUACGUUAGGAGAUACAAUAUGACUUUGGCUUCUCCUGCUGCCACUUUCUACAUUACUUUGGGUGCAACUGAUCCAUAUAGCCACAAGUACCUAACUUUUCAGACUGCCGUUAAGGAAGAAUCUUGUGGCGUGUUUGUUUUGACGUCCUAUAUUGCUCGACCUCGAGGGACAGAUUGUAAAGUGUUGGAAAGAGAAUUUUUCCGCAUCGGUAGCUUCCCUGAGUGCCCCAAUGAGAAUCCUUUCGGAAACAGAAACCGGUUUUAUCUGGUGGAUGAAUCAGAGCUGCAAUUCAAUGACUGGAUUCGUCUAUAUUUGGAACUUUCAGUUACCAAAUCUGAUAGAUCCUCCAAGGAUCAUGAUCUUUCCAACUUGAAGACUGUGGAAGUGGCCAUAGAGACCACAGAGCCACCGAGUGAGUUGUCUCUCACUGCCAAAAAUGCAACUGUCUACAUAAGGUACACAUACUUUUGUGAGGCUCGCUGUGGUAAGAACUUUGAUCACAUAGCUAUAGUUAGAAGAACCUUCAUUGAGCGUACGGGACGCUUCACUCUUGACGGUUGGAAUGAGAGCUCAUAUAUUUUACCAGAAAAGACUCACCUGCAGAAUCAGACUUCAGAGAUUGUACCAGAAAAGGGUAUGAGUCUCAGUAGGAAACGCCGUCUGUCACGGCGUUUAGUUCACAAAUCAUGGUGGUUAAUUAUGGCGGUUCAGUGCUUACAGGAACCAUCGUCGUCCUCUUCAAAAAACAAGAUCCAUAGAAUCAGCGAUCAGAAAGUAUUCCCCAAAAAGGGUAUUGAGUCUUGACCAAACCAUGGCAGACAUCUAAACUUUGACGGCGCAAGGCUUACAAAAACCAUGGUGUCGUUGGCUUGGCUCGUCGUCUUGGGAAAAACAUGAUCCAUUUGAAAAUCUUACCUCUAAAUAGUAAACUCGAAAGCCAUAUUGACCUCCACGGUUCCAUCACCAUUCCACAUUGAUACGAUCAAAGUCUUUCGUGAUAGGAAGAAGCUGUACUUGCAGAUUUGUCAAAGGGGGUUUAGUUUUGUGUUGUUUGAGGAGUUUACUGCUGUAACUGAGAUAUAAAUGAAGA